UUUUAAUUGGCUAUAAUUUAGAGAUGCGUAUUUUAGCAGUCCACAUGUUUUUGGGAUUUCUUCUUUGGGCACCAUACCAGUGUUUGGAGUGUCCUUUUGGCUGCGAGUGUUUUGCUGUCACUCGCACAGUGAAAUGUGUUUCUAAGGAUCUGCUCACGGUGCCACAAAGUAUUCCAGGAUAUUCAAGGACUGUCAUCAUCACAGGGAACAAUAUACACCAGACUGCACCUGAUUCGUUUACACAACUGGAGAAUGUCACCAAUAUUAUUUUAAGCAAUAAUAGGAUUACGGAAAUGGCGUCCCACAGUUUCUCUGCCCUCAUCAACCUGCGCUUCUUGGACCUCAGCGGGAACCAGCUGGCACUCAUUCAUCCAGAGGCUCUCAGUAUACCUGGCAGUCCCCUUCAGGAGCUCAACCUGAGCCACUCGCUCUACAACUUGACCGCCCUGACAGACCUCACCACGGCUCUUCGCUGGGGUGGCCUCACAGGGCUCCUCCGCCUCAACCUCUCUGGGAAUCGCCUUGCCCUGCUGCCCCCGGGGAUGUUUUCUCACCUUCCCAAUCUGCAGCAGCUCUUCCUCGCCAAUAACUCUUUGGUAGCUGUCUACAGUGGGACCUUCUCUGGCAUGAACCGUCUGGAGGUGCUGGAUCUGACGUACAACGCCUUCAGGACAUUCAGGGAUGAUGCUCUACAAGAACUGGAGAAGCUCGGAAACAUCCGCAUCCUUCUUGGUAACAACCCCUACACCUGCUCUUGUGAUAUCCAUAACUUUGUCACUUGGUUGAAUGAAUCAAGAGCUCAGGUGGAUGUGGACUCUGUGAGAUGUGCCUCACCAAGAGCAUUAACUAACACCCAGCUGAGAGGACUUGGUGUCCAGGUCAUUGGGUGUGUUAGUCCAGUCCCAGAAGAGGUGGCUGGUCUCACCCUGGAGACAUCAUAUGUCUUCCUAGGCCUAGUGUUGGGGUUCGUGGGCAUGGUCUUUCUCUUUGUGCUCUACCUGAAUCGCAACGGUAUGAAGAAAUGGAUCAAUGAAAUGAGAGAUGCAUGUCGGGACAUUCUGGAGGGAUAUCACUACCGAUAUGAGAUUGACUCAGACCCUCGGCUGCGGCAUAUAUCAGUCGCAAACAGAGGCUGCAGGACACAAGGACAUUCAGCCUUAGCUCUGCCACCACAAAUGCCAAGUGACACCUGUAUUGUCCAGGUUCCCAUAGACACACAGGUCAAACAGGUGAAAACCUCCCCACCUGUGAACUUAUGAUCUCUUGCUGAAGCUAUAAUAAUAUGACAAACUAUGAGAUAGAUGUAGAUGCAAAUAGGGUAGGCAAGUAGAAGUGAUGUUUGAUCUCCCUGUACAAACUGCAGUUAUAAAUGUUACCUUUAAAGUGCCUUUGUGUUUUCAGUAGUGACGUGUGGAUCAAUCCUGAAACAUCAAUAUUUCCUAGCCCAAUGUUUCCUGCUCUAGGAUCAAUUCCCAUGUUAAAAGAUCAAUAUCUAAAAUAAGUGGACUGAUCUGGGAUAAAUGAAUAUUUUAUCUUCCACAGCAGACAGUAACUACUCUAUCCAGGACAGUUUAAUUAAUACCCAGUUGAUAAGAGCUACUUCUCCUUCCACUUGUCAUAGUCAUAUGUGAUCUACUGCUCUGUGAAUGUGUAAGCCACUGCAGAAUAAUAAAAUGCUGGGUGGAGGGAUAUAAACAACAACCAAGAUGGCAUGUAAGGAGCCCCUGUAUGUGUGUAUGUAGUAUGGAUGUAGUCCCAGCACCACCAGCAGUGGUGGUUAUUAACCCAUACCCAUAGUAUGGGUUAAUAAAAGCGGCAUGCCCUUAUAGAUACACCUUAUAUCUCCUGUCCUCCAUCAGUCUCUGUUGUCUGAACCCUCCACUUGUCCCUUUGUUGUUUUUGCACUGAUUAUCAGUAUUGGUGCUGGUACCAGUAGUGGUACCGGUACUGGUGAUACCAGCCUGAGUUUUACUUGGUUUCGUAUCAGAAAGGAAAUAAGUGGUAUUGCACAUCAGUAGUUUUCAAGGCACUGGAACAGUGUAUCUUCCUAAAUUGACCUUAAAAUUGUGUGUUUACCAUACUUUUGUCAACUGUUCUUUGAUCUCUGGUAUUAUGUUUGUAAAUAUCGUGACAAACUGCAGGACACGGUCAGAAAGAUAAGCAACAUAGAUGGUAGUUCCGUGGCAUGGAAAAUUUGUUGACUUAAGAAAGUGUAAUCUCUUUACACACAGUACAUUUUAGAAUAGCUCUUAAUUAGAUUGUGCAUGAUUCAGUAAAAUAAAUAAUAUGAAAACAACCAUUUAUUUAGCAAUUUGUCUUUACUGUGCUGAACAGAAAUUCAUAAUAUG